AUGGAGCCCUUUUCUGUGCUCACAGUGACGACUAGCCUGAUCCAAUUCUUGGACUUUGCCGGAAAUCUUGUUGCGAGCACAUACGCGAUUUACAAGCGCAAGCGCGAGCAUUCGGUUAACGAUGUCGAGAGUUUAACUAAUGAUUUAGUGGGUUUGAAUAAUGCCUUGACGAAGUCUCUCAGCACGCCGGACUCUUCUUCACCACAGACAACUCCACGACAUGCUGAGUUGAAGAACCUUUGCAACGAGUGCAACUCACUGGCAAGCGAACUGCUUUCGGCGCUCGAGCAUCUUGGCUCACAAGCCCAGUGCGACUUAUGGAGCAGCUUCCGACAGGCAUUGCGAACAUUAUGGAGUCAACCUCAGAUCGAAAAUCUUCAAAAGCGCUUGGACUCCUUUCGCCAGCAAAUUUCUAUGCAUUUGCUAGAGGAAUUGGAUGCCGUUCAAAAGAAGAAUGGGUUGGCCCAGGCCGACCGUGUGCACUUCCAAGAACACACUCGAAGUGUUCUCCAAAGGUCCGAGGAGCUGUCUCGAAAUAUUCUGCUGAAGGUGGACAGGAACCACACCAUGCAUGCCGGACUUAUAGACGCCAUACGACGGACCCAUGAUUCUCAUCGCAUGGAGUUCGCUGACAACGAGAACGAGGCUUUAGCUAAUACGAUGCUGAAGUACUUGACAACACUGGAUGAGACUAGACUUAGUCGAACCCUACUUCAUAGGUUACACUUUGCCGAGAUACAAGAUCGCUCGGACGCCAUUCCUGAGGCCUACCAGGAAACAUACCAAUGGAUCUUCCAUCCAUCGUGCUCCAGCGAAUAUUCCUCUUGCUUUACUGACUGGCUCAAGGAUGACGAGCAACAGCUCUACUGGAUCACUGGGAAACCGGGAGCCGGCAAAUCCACUCUAAUGAAGUUUAUUUUUGAAAACCCACAAACCGAAUUGUCAGUGCAAGAGUGGGCUCAAGGUAAGGAAUUGGUGAAAGCCUCAUUCUACUUCUGGAACUCGGGGAAGCCAAUCCAGAUGUCUCUCGAAGGCCUUGCGCGAACACUACUCCACACUGUUUUGCAAAGGUUGCCUCACCUGUUGCCGCGAAUUUACCCUCACCUUCUUGAGGCCUGGAUGAUUUUCGGACCGUCCGAUGGUGCGAUAGAAGACUGGUCGUGGCCGGAACUACACCGCUCGCUUCAAAGACUUAUACGCGCCCUCAGUACCAGAGUCAAGACCAUCUUCUUUAUCGACGGACUUGAUGAAUUCUCGGGGAACCCAAUCGAUGUGAUUAAUCUUGUCCGGACUCUUCUUGCCCCAAACAUCAAGAUUUGCAUCUCCAGUCGGCCCUGGGUGGAUUUUGAAGAUGCCUUCAAGCAUCGCCCCAGCCUCACCAUAGAAAACCUGACCACGGGGGAUAUUGAACAUUACGUUCGGUCGAGAUUUCACGAAAAUCCCGGAUUCCCCGCACUUUCUGCCACGAAUCCCGAAUACGCUGCUCAGCUCAUCGAAAACGUUGCAUUGAAAUCCUCGGGCGUUUUCCUGUGGGUCCAUCUCGUCACCGCUUCACUGCUGCAAGGUCUGACAGAAGGAGAGCGACUUUCAGACCUCCAAAGACACUUGGACUCCCUUCCGGGCGACUUGGAGGACCUGUUUACUAAUAUUCUGGACAGUCUUGAUGGAUUCCAUCUUGCGAGAGCGUCUCAAAUAUUCCAAAUUAUCAGGGCUGCUCUGACGAGACUCACGGUCUUGGAACUGGCAUUUGCCGACGAAGAAGACCCCGAGGCUGCUCUCAAGAUGCCGACUGCACCGCUGGAGAGCGAGAGCACGGCAGGGAGAGUCGAAAGCAUGCGACGCCGUCUGAAUGCUUGUUGCAGAGGCCUCGUCGAACCAAACUCCCAGUCGAAGCCAAUCCUAGCGUCAGCGCCUAUCUCCUUCCUUCACAGGACCGUGAAUGAUUGGCUCAAUCAGGAUCAUAACUGGGCGAAGAUCUGCACGGCCGCUGGAGGUUCCUUUGACCCCAAUCCUCGGCUCUGCAACACUCACAUCAUGAAAUUGAAGGCUUCUAGUCUAGACGACCUCACAUCGCAAUUCGUCUGGGACCAAACGACUUUCUCCAUCGAGUACGCCGUCCGUACGUGGCCAUCAGGAUCCGACCUGCAAUUCCAGCUCUUCGACGAGAUUGACAAAACCACGAGUCUUCUGGCCGCUGCUCCAAGGUCCGACGGGCAUAAUUUUGUGGAGGCGGAAUGUCGAACAAGAUUGAUCGGCAAUUCCUACUGGGCCAGUCUUCCCAACCGUAUUCAUCGACCGCCGUCGUUUCUGGGCAUCGCCACCGGGUUGCAGCUUGGACCAUAUGUCCAACGACAUUUGGCGGUGAUCCAAGUAUCUGCCGUCGAUGCAACCAAGUUGCUCGACAUUGCCGUCACCUGCUACUGGGCGAGAUUCAGUGUCGACGCGAAACUCGAAUCGCUAUCUGGUCGACCGGUGGACGAGGCCAUGAUUGAAGCGUUUCUCAAACUCGGCGCGGAUCCCAAUGCCCGUUUCGUGAAACAGAGGGAGGUUGGGCUGGACAAACGGACAAUCUGGCAGACUCUGGUGGAUCAGAACCCCAGCACUCAUCUCAUCCAGAUCUUUCUGGACCGUGGCGCGACGGUGGACGACAUCGACCUCGGAAAGAUCGCACAUUACAGUCGGCUCGUCCCGGCCUUUUCGCAGAAGAAGACGUCGCUGCUGGAGGCCAAGACCAAGUCUUCCUGGUGGAAGUGGAAGCGAAAGCAGCCGGUUCAAGAUCAUUUGGAUCUCACCGUACAGCGACCCAAGCAUAAUAAGCCUUCGAGGAUAUGA